CUAUGUCAUUUGAGGGCGUGGCCUUGUGCGUGGCGUUUUGAGUCCUAGAUAGAUGAUUUCAGAAAGCCUACUGAAUGUUAAGGCGUUCUUAUCAUGGAGAUGAAGCCACACAGUGUCAACGUGUCACCAGAAGAUAAGCCUGUAUGCGGGCAACACCAACAAAACCUUUGGCUCUCUAAAUUAAGGACAUUGAUGGUGUAAAUCCAAAGUGGCUAUUGAUGAUUUCUAGAAUGUGAUGAAUGAGGCUAAAGUGGAUUUAUUUUUUCAAUGGCAUGAUAAAUGCAAUUUUCAUUCGAUAAUAGCUCAAGAAAAAAGGGUCAGAUAGCCCCCCCCCCCACACACACACUUUUAAGUAAACAAAUAUAUGUUUAAAAUGCAUAAUAAAAUUCCAUACUCCCGGCUGUUAAACUGACCCAAACUAUACAGGAUCAUACAGUGAAAUGGCGGAUGGAUUUUCCAACACGGUUAACAAAGUAACUGCAUCUCUUAAAAAAGAGGAGUGUAAGACCCUAUGGUACCUUUGUACAGAUUUGUUUAACAACAUUUGUGUGGAAGAUUUUAGAGGAGCUUUGUUGGCAUUUGCCAAACAGACACAAACUCAAGCAGGCCAAUCUCAAGCUGGUGAUGCCCUGCUGAUGGAGCUCAUGUUCCGGUUGAAACGCUUUGAUAUCCUAAAGAAGGUUUUUGGCACCAGUAGACAACAGGUAGAAGGAAUUGUGAAGAAGGGAGGCUUCCUCUCAGAUUACAGGGUUCUAAUGGCAGAUGUGAGUGAAAACCUGGAGGAUGAGGAAUUGCAAUCUCUUAAAUUUCUACUGAGCAGUACCUUGCCCAAAGAAAGGCUCAAUAGAGCUACUAGCUUUUUAGAUGUGGUGGUGGAGUUGGAGAAGUUAGAUGAAGUAUCUUGUGAUAAACUCGACCUGCUUGAACAGUGUUUGAGGAACAUUCACAGAAUGGACCUUGUCAAAAGGAUUCAGGCAUACAAGAAUAGAGGUCAGAAUGUACCAUGUGAAGUCCCGAGGGUUCAGGAUUCUUUUAAGUUCACCCAUGUGCAACGUCAGUCUCCUGUUCAACCAGUGAAACAAUCACAGUGCUGUUCUCAAGAGUUGAAAAAUUUGAAGCUUUCAGUGCCUGAAACAGGGACACAACAUCAAGAGGCUUUUAUGGAGGAGUAUGAAAUGAAUCCUGAGCAGAGGGGUCUGUGUAUGAUUAUUGACUGUGUUGGGUUUGAUGGAGACAUGUUGAAUCAGACAUUUGAGCGUCUGGGUUUCAGGGUCAUUCUCCACUCUCUCCUGGGUCUAAAAGAAACCCAGAAGGUCUUGGAAGACCUGACCUGUGACAGGAUCCUUCACAAGGUCAAUCGCUUCGUCUGCUGCAUCAUCAGCAGGGGAACGGACACUCAUCUGUUGACUACGGACUCUAGUCGCCUUGGCAUCAGACUGGAGGAUCUCAGGGAGCUUUUCAGCCCAACCCAGUGUCCCUCCCUGUGUGGUAAACCCAAACUCUUCUUCACCCUGAUCUACAGGACCUCUGAAGCCCCAAAUACAUCCUCAAUGGACGAUGAAUACCUAGAGACAGAUGCGCCACCAUGCUACUAUUCUAGGAGGCAAUGUGUGGACGCAAGGACUAUCCCAGUGUCUGCGGAUGUCCUUUGGAGCGUGUGCAGAGCAGAGGCAAAGCUGCUGGAAGAGUCUGGCCACCAGUCUGUUUACAUGCAUGAGUUAAGCUCCGCCUUACUGAGGGGACAUGAGAGAAAGAUGCUUUUAUUGGAUGUCAUGGCAGAGGUGAACAGAAACGUGGUUGGUCACAAUCAACAAAAUCCUGGCAAUGAGUUCCACUUUCAACUCUCACACACACUACGCAAGAAACUUUACGUGUAACACUCAAUGUAUUUGUUUGUUGUUGUUUUUUUGUAAAUGGAUUUAUUGUUUGUGUCAAUAUAGUGGAUGAAUAAUCUGA